AUGUAUCGAAGAAAUCUAUAUCCUAUUUAUAGAAGCUUCUCAUGCGUUGCUACUUCGGUGUCCAAGGCUACACACACAAACACACAAAUAAACGUAACCUACCCAGGUUGGUUUUUCUUCACAAACAAUUUAGAGGAAGUUUUAUCGUCCAAACUUGCAUUAGUCUUGCAAGCUUGUAAUUGUUCAGAGCAUUUUGUUAUUCAACGAGGCCGACAAAUUCAUGCCCAAAUCAUAUUGAAUGGAAUUGACCAUGUGGGUCUUCUGGGUACGAGGAUUUUGGGUAUGUAUGUUCUUUGUGGGAGAUAUUCUGAUGGCAAAAACAUGUUUGAUCAGCUUGAACUGUGCUAUGCUUCGCCUUGGAAUUGGAUGAUAAGAGGGUUCACUAUAAUGGGUCACUUUGAUUACGCAUUGCUGUUUUACUUUAAGAUGUUGGGGUUCGGUACAUGUCCCGAUAAAUACACUUUUCCUUAUGUAAUCAAAGCUUGUGGUGGUAUGAAGGCUGUGAACCUGGGUAAAACGGUUCACAGUACGAUUCGAAAUAUGGGUUUUGAGAGGGAUUUGUAUGUGGGUAGUUCUUUGAUCAAGUUGUAUGCAGAAAAUGAUUGUUUAAAUGACGCUCGUUGCUUGUUUGAUAGGUUGCCUCAAAGGGAUAGUGUUAUAUGGAAUGUGAUCCUUAAUGGGUAUGUGAAACAUGGGGCUUCAGAUCAUGUCAUUAACUUGUUUAGGGAAAUGAGGAAUACUGAAAUUAAGCCCAAUUCGGUAACCUAUGCAUGUGUUCUUUCUGUCUGUGCCUUGGAAACUAUGAUAAGAUUUGGUACUCAGCUGCAUGGGCUAGUUAUUAGAUGUGGGUUGGAGAUGGAUUCUCCCGUUGCUAACACAUUGAUUGCUAUGUAUGCAAAAUGUCAUUGUUUGUUUUAUGCUCGGGGGUUGUUUGAUACGACAUCGCAAACUGAUUUGGUUACCUGGAAUGGGAUGAUUGGCGGGUAUGUUCAAAAUGGUUUUAUGUUUGAGGCUUUGGAUUUGUUUUCUAAAAUGAUAUCAGAAGGUCUCAAACCAGACACAGUCACAUUUGCAAGUUUCCUUCCAUCAAUUACUGAACUGGCAAGUAUAAUUGAAGGUAAGGAAAUUCACGGUUAUAUUGUUAGACAUGGUGUGCAUUUGGAUGUGUUUCUGAAGAAUGCACUUAUUGAUAUGUACUUCAAGUGCAGGGGUGUGGAGAUGGCAAGAAAUGUUUUCUACCAUUGCACUGCGGUCGAUGUUGUUAUUUGCACAGCUAUGAUUUCAGGAUAUGUGCUUAAUGGGAUGAAUAUAGAUGCCAUAGAGAUGUUCAAAUGGUUGAUUCGUGAGCACAUGAAGCCCAAUGCUGUAACACUGGCAUGUACUUUGCCGGCUUGUGCUGGUUUGGUUGCUCUGAAAUUGGGUAAGGAGUUGCAUGGUUACGUCCUCAAAGCUGGUCUCGAAGGAAGAUGUUAUGUCGGAAGCGCAAUAACAGAUAUGUAUGCAAAAUGUGGAAGAUUAGAUCUUGCUCAUCAAGUUUUCAUGAGAAUGUCUGAAAGGGAUGGUGUCUGUUGGAAUUCAAUGAUUACAAGCAGUUCCCAGAAUGGCAAACCAGAAGAGGCCAUCGACCUUUUCCGCCAAAUGGGAAAUGAAGGAACGAAGUAUGACGGUGUCAGUAUAUCAGCUGCUCUUUCGGCAUGUGCAAAUUUACCUGCACUCCAUCUCGGGAAGGAGAUUCAUAGUUUCAUGAUCAAAAGUGCAUUGCGCUCUGAUCUUUUUGCUGAGAGUGCACUAAUCGACAUGUAUGCUAAAUGUGGAAACUUGGAUUUGGCAUGCCGUGUGUUUGACAUGAUGGAAGUAAAGAAUGAAGUUUCAUGGAAUAGUGUCAUUGCUGCAUAUGGAAACCAUGGUCGCCUCAAAGAUUCCCUUCUUCUUUUUCAUGAAAUGAAAGAAGAAGGAUUUGAGCCUGACCAUGUCACUUUUCUUGCCAUAAUAUCUGCUUGUGGACAUUCUGGGCAAGUUGAAGAAGGAAAGUACUUCUUUAAUUGCAUGACCGAUUAUGGGAUUGUACCUCGAAUGGAGCAUUAUGCAUGUAUGAUUGAUUUGUUUGGACGAGCUGGCCGUUUAGAAGAAGCAUUCCAAAUUAUAAAUAGCAUGCCAUUCAAUCCAGAUGCAGGUGUUUGGGGGACAUUACUUGGAGCUUGCCGGGUCCAUGGCAAUGUUGAACUUGCUGAACUGGCUUCAAGACAUCUUUUUCUCUUGGACCCACAAAAUUCUGGCUACUACGUAUUGCUGGCAAACGCACAAGCUGAUGCCGGAAAAUGGGAUAGGGUUCUUAAAGUUCGAAGCAUGAUGAAAGAAAAAGGAGUACAGAAAAUACCUGGUUACAGCUGGAUUGAGGUGAAUAACACCACCCAUAUGUUUGUUGCUGCGGACACUAGUCACCCAGAGUCUGGUCAGAUUUAUCAAUUGCUGACGAAUCUUCUUCUGGAGCUGAGAAAAGAGGGAUAUUCUCCUCGACUUUCCCUUCAAAUGCACCCACAAUCUAUCGGGCUCAACAAACUAGUAGGAGAAAAAAAGUGUUAG